AUGACUCAAGCCGAUAUUGAAACCCUAGGCCCCGCCGGGCCUGACAACCGCGACAUAACCACCCGACAGGCGGCGGUGGUAGGCGGCACGGCGAUAAACGGCUCCGUAACCGACGAUCGCGCCGCCGGCGCCUCAGAGCCGGAUUUCCCGCCGGAAUCGUUAUUGCUGCCGAAGGACGCGGAGCACGACUGGUUCGACCGCAACGCCGUGUAUGAGCGGAAGGACUCGACGAGGGGAAAUUCGAACCCCAACAGCAUGAGCGGAUCGAAUUCGCAGCGGUCGUCGGCCAAAUCAAAGGCGUCCAUAAUCGGUCUUCCGAGGACUCAGAAGGCGGCUUUCGCCGAUUCGAAGUGGAGGACCUGCAAGGCGGCGAACGCGGGGCUUUUCCCCAAACGGGAAAACACGACGGUUACGGAGGCCGAACCGGGUUCGCCGAAGGUCUCGUGUAUGGGGAGAGUCCGGUCGAUGAGCGGCCGGCGCCGCGCGAAUCCACCGGGGACGGAGGGAACGACGGCGGAGAAAUCGGGGAUCGGCGGCGGGGAGAGGAGAUCCGGUUUCUGUGCAAAGGUAAUGAGAGUUUUCUGUUUUAAUAACGGGAGUAGGAAACCGUUCCGGUCGGGGAGCGGGAAGGUGGUGGAGGGGCCGGAGGAGGAGGAGGAGCCGCCGCGUAGGAGCGCGAUUUGGGAACAGAAGGAAUUUCCGGCGGGAGGCGAGACAGCGGGUGAUCCGCCGGGGUUGGGAGGCAUGGUCCGGUUCAGGUCGGGCCGGAGAUCGGGUAGUUGA